ACGGAAGUUUCAGCGGGUGCACACUUCAGCAACGCUUGUUCGGUCAUUUUUUUUAACAAAAUGUUGAUAUGGCCGUGUGCUUUUAGUAGUUACAUUACUUGUACUAGCCGCUUGGUAAUAGUUUAGGUGUACUCUUUCUGAGCAGCUUAUACAGCAGAGGUGAGUUGACACCUCAAAAUUCACAUUACAUUAGCUAGCUUGGUUACAUUAGUUGAAAGAAAUAUAUAGAGCAGUGGUUUGCCUAUAGCUAACCAUCUUAGCAUUCGCUUUAUAAGUGUAGUAUAGUCACAAAUUGCGUUCAACAUGGACAACCAAGAACAGAACUCUCCCUCUGAAGGAUGCGUCGACCGGUCUACGCUGGUGUCGGGGGUUGGAAAGAAUAUCAAGUCAGUUUUGUGCCGACGUUGUGGCUCGAAGGUCCUCUGCCCAGGGAUGGCGGUGUUUGCGGAGAAGGAGCUGUUCCUGCCCUCAAUGCGCAAGAAGACCACUAUCACCCAAUCAGAGGGAUCCGUGGAUGGGGACACACUGACUACCCACUGGUUAGUCGACGACAUGUACACUUUUGAGAAUGUGGGCUUCACUAAGGAUGUGGGGAGAAUCAAGUACCUCAUUUGUGCAGACUGUGAGAUUGGACCCAUAGGCUGGCACUCCCUGGAUGACAAAAAGAGCUUCUAUGUUGCAUUGGAAAGAGUCAAUCAUGCCUAGUGUGGCCCACUGUAAGAGCCUGGGGAAACUUAAGAGGGUGUACACAUUUGGAACUGAAGAAGGACAAGACAGACCAACAUGAACGUCAGCCGUGCGCAGUAGAUUACUUGUUGGAUGUCGRCGGACAGUGCCUAUUCAAUGUAGAGAAAAUGACGGCAAAUGUUCUGUGGUCAGAGGCAAUAGGACGGUCACCCACUGCGCAUGGGCAACAUGCAUUGGUCUGUCUUGUCCUUAAUUCUUUUCGGCCUUCACUUUCCCUCUGGCUGGUGCUGGAUGACUCCUUAGUUCUUCAAGGCCAAGUGUUCUUCAAUUCCUUUGUUUUCUACUGAUCAACAAUGGUAUUGAUGUGGUUCUCUGAACAAAUGUCUUAUCAGUCUAUAAAACUGUAGUUCAAUCUAAUACUGUAACUAA